UCUUUCGGCCCUUUCUCCCUCCUUUCUCCGCCUCCCCUGCGAUGUGUGGUUGGAUGUGACGGUCCCCCUCUGGCAGCGGAAGACUGGCGAGACUAAUUCUUCUCUCGUCAUUAGAGCGUCAAAUUCUCCACCUCCCUCGGCGUGUUUGGCCAGCGCCAGAGGUUCGGGGUCUGGCUCGACGUGAUUCCCCCCACCCCGUGUCAAAAACCCACCCACGAUGCCCUACUACAGCAGUCGAAAGCCCGGCCGCAUCCAGUCGCUGGCCGCCGCUCUGGAGGAGGAGCGCCUAGAACUAGCCGGCGAGCUCGAAGCUCGCAGCGCAGCUUCCCGCCGGAACCAGAGCGCGACGACGACCCGGAGUUUCCAGGACGUUGCUCCGUCGCCCGAGUCGCCCGAGACCCUGCCGCCCCGACAUGGGUCCAUCGCCGGCAUUGGGGUUGGUGUGACUCCCCCGUCCAACCGUCGCAGCUGGCAUGACCCUGCUCCCGCCCCAUCUUUGCGUGUGAACACUACGGUGGCGUCGCCGCCUACUGCUGCGGCUUCUCACUCCACCUCCUCCUCGCCGGAGAAAGAGUUCGGCCCAUCCGCCGCUACAACCACCACGCGCCGUUUUAGCGACAACGCCGCCCUCGACAAAAAAAAGCUCGCUGAGGCGCAUCCCGGUCAGACUUCUCACAGCGCCGCCACCAGUCCCGUCGCCAGCAAACCCAAACCGAGCAUUCGCUGGGACGAUUCCGUCGUCAUGUCUCCCAGCGCCACCAGCUACAGCUUAAACCGGCGCGCCAAUCGAGCCGCCGACAAAUCAUCCAAUAAGCCGCCACAAACCAAAAAUGCCAUGGCUGCCGUCAUGUCCGGCCUCGAUCUGAAGGUCGGAUUGCCCAGUUUCACCAGGGGCAGGGAUUCGAGUCGCAACAAUACCGCUCGGGGAACCUCGCUGGACUCGCGGCUCUCCUCCUCCCGACUGGGUCGCUCGAGCUCUCCAAAGAACCGAUGGCUCGGAUCAAGCUCUCGCAAUUCCAGUUCAAAUCCGGGGAAGCCGGCGCCCGAGAAAGCCAAACCGGUGGAAACGGCGAACGCUGAUAAGCCACAAGCCACGCCAACACCUCCUCCUGCCCCUGUCCCUGCCCCUACUCAAGGUGGCGAGACAGCCGACGCCGACAAGAAACCAUUGACAUCUGGGGAUGAGCGUCUGGCGAAGGACAUGUACGACAGCGAGAACAAUCCCAUCGAAACUAGCGACGAAGACGCCGACGACUCCUCUACAAGUGAUGAUGACGAUGACGACUCUACAACCGAGCGCGGACGAAAACCAACGGUUGACAUCAUCCUUCCCCCCAGGACUAGUUCCGCGGGAAGUGCGAAAACUGGGCCGCCGCCACUUCCGGUAGAAGAAAAAGAGAGUACGUCUUGCUUUUUCUCUCUGUCUUUGUUCCCCUUGAAUCCUCUUAUUAUGUUUAGAAAUUAUUUUCUAGGUUCAAGACCAUCAACUGACAGCAAUAUUGCAGACGCCGAGGAGAAAUCCGACUAUUCACAUUCUUCCAAACAAGGUCCGAUUCCCAAGAGACCCGAUGUCCAUCCUCGCACUAGUUUCGACUCGGCUGCCUCCAUGCCUAAUACACCAUUUGGUUCCGACGACGAAGCCGAGCUGUCGGAUAUCAAACGAGCUCAACAAAUGGGCAUUCAAAUGUCCGCGAUCGACAGCUCCGUCCAAAAUCGCUCGAUUCGAACCAUCAUUCGCGGGGACUACUCCAAGCAGUCCGGCGAACUGGACGGCGGCCGUCGCCGACAGCGCAAGUAUCUAGUUGCGACGGAUUUGAGCGAGGAAUCAGUAUACGCUCUGGAAUGGACCAUCGGUACUAUUCUUCGUGACGGCGACACCAUGUUUGCCGUUUGCGCGAUGCACGACGAGACGGCGGCGUCCAAUACACCGCAGGUCGGUGACAACGCUAAAGCCAUGCAGGAUGCUGCAGCCGUGAUAGGGUCGCAGACGGAAGAGACCGCGCAGAAGCCGCAGAAUGACUCGUCAACUAAUUUAUCCCGUGCGAUCCUCGGUCGACUGGGGCCGGGAACGGACAGUAAACCCGGAUCGGUGGAUGCUCGCGGGAUGUCCAAGAUUGAAUCCGAACGUGUCCGUUCUGUGGAGGUCAUCUCUCAGACGUGCGUUCGCUUACUGAGGAAAACGCUGCUCCAAGUUCGGGUCGCCGUCGAGGCGAUCCAUUGCAAGAGCCCAAAGCAUAUGAUUACGGAAGCUAUUGACGGCCUCGAUCCGACGUUGGUGAUUGUCGGCGCCAGAGGCCGAAGUGCCUUGAAGGGGUAAGUUCUUCUGCGUCGGCCCUGAUUUAUUCGAAAGCAAAUAACUCAUACUAUCUCUAGUGUACUUCUUGGAUCAUUCUCCAACUACUUGGUGAUGCAUUCGUCGGUUCCCGUCAUGGUGGCC